GCUAAUCUGCGCCGUCCAAUUCAAAAUAGACGGCUCCUGCGCACUUUUCGCUUGCCCCAAUCGACACCGCUUCGUCAUAAAGCCGCCGCGCUCUUCCUACUUCGUUGACCUCUUUCGAUCCCAACCUCGAUUCCCUCGACGUGAAAAGGAGACGCUUGCAGUGUGAUUUCAGAGUUGGUGCUUAUCAAUUGUUUGAUGGAAUGACUGAGAGAAGCUUGGUCAUAAUACUUGUCCUUUACUUGUUCAAGUAACAACUGGUGUCUUCUCGAUUCAGAAUUCUUUACUAUAUUCACACUAAUGCGAGAAAAGAAAAGAUACAAGUAGGAAAUGGUGCUGCAUGCCUUUCUGCGAUAAGGGAUAUUGUCACGUUCUGUUUAGUUUCUCUUCAGCUCAGAUAUGAAGGUGGGCUUAUUGAGAUGGGGAGUCCUUAAGCAUCUGAAGGAAGGUUUAGGGCAACCGAGCUUUCCACUAGGCCUCUAUAGAGGUUCCCAGGCAUGUUUUUCAACCAUAUCAUCUGAUGAGAAUGAGGAGAAGAUUGGAAUUGAGGAUGAUGAAUUUAUCGAAGACAAGAAAGAGUUGGAACCACAAGGUGUAGACCCCAUGAGGGGCUGGGGCUUCAGAGGUGUGCAUAAGGCAAUUAUUUGUGGAAAAAUUGGUCAAGCUCCUGUACAAAAGAUACUAAGGAAUGGCAAGACAGUGACCAUAUUUACGGUUGGAACAGGUGGUAUGUUUGACCAAAGAAUCACUGGUGCUGAGCAUUUGCCAAGACCAGCUCAGUGGCACCGAAUUGCUGUUCAUAAUGACCAGCUUGGGGCAUAUGCUGUUCAACAGUUGGUGAAGAACUCUGCUGUUUUUGUUGAGGGUGAUAUUGAGACCAGAGUCUACAAUGACAACAUCACUGGCCAAGUGAAAAAUAUACCUGAAAUCUGUGUGCGCCGUGAUGGAAAGGUUUGCUUGAUUAAGUCGGGGGAUAGCACUGCUAGAAUAUCUUUGGAAGGACUGCGGGAUGGAUUGUUUUGAGCGUGUUACUUGAGAUGCGUUUUACCUGCUCGUAGCUUCAGACCAAGUGUGUUGCAGUCAUACACUUGUAGUGAUCGCCAAACAAUGCAAGUUCUAACUUUGUUAUUUUCUUUAUUGCUAAGAAGGAUCGUCCAAGGUGUGUUCUUGAGCAUGUCUAUUCACUAAAAUGAUGUAGAACUUUUUAGUGUGGUUUUGAUAUCUUUGAUUUUAGAAGUCUUCUUCAA